AUGUCACUGGGAAACAAGUCCGUUCUUUCUUUCACUACAUCUGCUUAUUUACGGAAAGAACCCAAACCAAUGAGAGUUGCCAACAGAAGAGUAAGCAGAGCUGACUGUGCCAACUGCACAUGUUCGCCCGGCUUAUUGUCUCGUACAAACAGACGGUCGUCCAUCAUGGCGAAAAGAAUUAACUUGAAGAGAAACCUCUCUGGUUCCACUUCUCCCAACGGCUCCCGCAAGGGAUCUGUGUUUACUCUUGAUGCUGCGUCACUUUGCUUGCCUGAGAACAAGGAAGUCAACACAUCCCAGCGUUUGGAAGCCUUGCGUUUGCAAAUGGCACAGAAUGACUUGGCCGUGUACAUUAUCCCCAGCGAAGACCAGCAUCAGAGCGAGUACGUUUCGCCUCUGGACCAGAGAAGAAGCUUCAUCUCGGGCUUCUCUGGAAGUGCCGGUGUCGCUAUUGUCACACGUGACAUCACAUGUAUGAAUGAUACCCCAGAAGGUUUAGCCGCUUUGUCCACGGACGGGCGCUAUUUUAACCAAGCAGCUAAUGAGUUGGAUUUCAACUGGUCCUUGUUGAAACAAGGCGUGCCAAAUGAGCCCUCAUGGCAACUGUGGGCUGCGAAACAAGCUGUACAAUUAUCCUUAGAUUCUGGCUCGUUGACAAAAAUUGGUGUCGACCCAAAGUUGAUCAGUUUCCUGCAAUACGAAAAGAUAAAAAGUGCCAUACAGGCUGAACUUAGCAAUUCACCAAAGGCUCGUGUUGAGCUUGUCGCAGUCAAGACGAAUUUGGUGGACCAGAUCUGGUCCAAAUUUGAGGAGUUGCCUGAAAGUACCGACAGCAUCAUCAAAACAUUGAGUGCCAAGUACACUGGCGAGGAGGUUCAGUCCAAAAUUGCUAAAGUUGUGGAAAUAAUUGUCUCGAAAAAUGCCGAUGGUCUAAUCAUCAGUGCUCUUGACGAGAUUGCUUGGUUAUUGAACUUAAGAGGAUCUGACAUCGAAUUCAACCCUGUUUUCUACAGUUAUGCAAUUGUGACUAGUGAUAAGAGAGUGUUGCUUUUUGCUGACAAUAGCAAAUUCGACGCUAACGUUGCCCAGGAAUUAAAAAAGAACAACGUGGAAGUGAAACCAUACAAAGCUUUUUGGAACGACCUCGUUACGAUAUCGUUAGAACUCAAAUUGGCCAACAAGAAAGUGUUGGUGAACACAGAUUCUGCUUCAUGGGAGAUUAUUCGCCAAUUGCAAUGCGCAUAUGAAUCUGUUAGUCCAUCUCCUAUUGAAGAUUUGAAGGCCAUCAAAAACUCCGUUGAGUUGGAAGGCGCUCGUAAAGCCCAUCUCAAGGAUGGACGUGCAUUGGUAAAGUUCUUUGCUUGGUUAGAGAAUGAGAUCGUUGGUAAGGCUGAACUUAUUGAUGAAGUGGAGGCCGACCAACAAUUAACCCGUUUCAGACAAGAAGAGGAAGAUUUUGUUGGCUUGUCUUUUGAUACCAUCAGUGCUACUGGGGCGAACGGUGCUGUUAUUCAUUAUAAGCCUGUUAGGGGAGCAUGUUCUACGAUUGAUCCUUCUAAGAUCUAUCUUAAUGACUCGGGCUCCCAGUUCUUGGACGGUACUACCGACACUACUCGUACAUUGCAUUUUGGUACUCCUAAGCCAGAAGAAGUUAGAAACUACACUUUAGUUUUGAAAGGCAACAUUGCUCUAGGUGACUUGAAGUUCCCAGAAAACACUACGGGAAGCCAGAUUGAUUCUAUUGCCAGACAGUUUUUGUGGCAACAUGGAUUGGAUUACGGACACGGUACAUCGCAUGGUAUCGGAGCUUAUCUCAAUGUGCAUGAAGGUCCCAUCGGGAUCGGCCCGAGACCAAGUGCCAGAAACCCAUUGAAACCUGGUCAUCUAAUUUCUAAUGAACCAGGUUACUACGAAGAUGGAGAGUACGGUAUUCGUAUCGAGAACGUCAUGUUUGUGAAGGACAGCGGGUUGAAGUACAAUGGCAAGAACUUUUUUGAGUUUGAAACCAUUACCCGAGUACCAUUCUGCCGCCGCUUAAUCGAUGUGGCUUUGUUGAGUCCUGAGGAGAAGAAGUGGAUCAACAAUUACCAUCGCACAAUCUGGAAUGAGUUGAGUCCUUCAUUUGCUAAGCACUCUGUCGAGUUGGCCUGGUUGAAGAGAGAGACGUCUCCUUUAUGA